ACGUCACGGCGGGGACGCCAAGCGACGGCUGCCCGCUUGCAAGAUGGCGGCGGCUGGAGCAGCCGGGGCGGCCCGGAAGGUGAAGCAGGACAUGCCGCCGCCGGGAGGCUACGGGCCCUUCGACUACAAGCGGCAUCUGGCCCGCAAGCGCUUUUCGGGCUACAGCCUAUUUGCAAUGGGCAUUGCGGUAUUUGCCUAUGGCUGCUACCGCUUCAAAACGUGGAACCGUGAGAGGAAGCGCUUACACAUUGAGGACUUAGAGGCCAGGAUCGGGAUCCUUCCACUUCUGAUCGCCGAGGAAGACCGAAGGCUACUCCGCAUCCUGCGGGAAAACUUUGAAGAGGAGGCCAAGAUUAUGAAAGACGUCCCAGGAUGGCAGGUGGGCGAGUCUCGUUUCCACACCACGCGUUGGGUGCCCCCACUUCCUGAUGAGCUCUACUACCUGUACCCACAGAGUGUGAUGGACCAGGCCACUUUAGGUUACCAGAAUUACCUAUGAAAGGGGACAGAGUUGGCAGGCAGCGGGUGAGCCUGGCUGGGCAGGGCCGCUGUAGGCUCGACACCCCCUUCUCCCAAAAAUGGAUCUAUUUCUCAAUAAACGACUUAUGGAGGAAA